AUGCUCCGCUGCCACAUGUACGGGUGUGAGAGGGCAAGUCGCCGUGCUGGCAUUCCUGGUAGCUGUCACAAAGCUAGUGGUGAUGGUGCCAUUCAGACCUUGGGCCCACCAGCCAGCCAGGUGACUGCCCAGGCCGCCUCCGUACCUUCUCUGCACACAGCUGUGGCCAUCCAGAGAGUGGGUUUCCAGCAGGCAGGUCCGCUCUCCACAGCUGCGGGCCUGGACACAGUCCUGCCCACAGGCAGCCUCCCAGGAGUCUUGACGCUGGCCUGGCCCCUAGGGACAGCUGGUUGGCGUCGGGCUCCGAGGGCCAAGAAGGCAGUAAAUCUACUGGAAGCUGAAGCUAGAGAUGUGUUAGCUUGGCCUGGGUUAGCUCCGGGCCCUUCUCUAGCACAGGGCAGACACAGGCCUGCACACGGAAGUGCUUGGCCAGGGGCCUACAACACAAGCGUAGGAGAUGACGUGUGUUUUGCGCAUGCACUUAAACAACGGAGGUCACCAUGUGACCUUGCUUCCUCAUGUUUCAUCGUAAACUUAGUCUCGGGCCAGGUGGUGCUUCCAGAAGGCCUGGGUGCUUUGCGAGAGCACAGGAGUGUUCUGUUGCUUCGGGAUCAUCAAGAAGUGCCUUACAGCUGUUGCGCUUUGAGAGUGGGAGGGCGGGUGAAGACCUGGAAGCGCCGCUGGUUCAUCCUCACCGACAACUGCCUCUACUACUUCGAGUACACGACAGACAAGGAGCCCAGGGGGAUCAUCCCCUUGGAGAACCUGAGCAUCAGGGAGGUGGAGGACCCACGCAAACCGAACUGUUUCGAGCUUUAUAACCCGAGCCACAAGGGCCAGGUCAUCAAGGCCUGCAAAACAGAGGCGGACGGCCGGGUGGUGGAGGGGAACCACGUGGUGUACCGCAUCUCCGCCCCGAGCCCCGAGGAGAAGGAGGAAUGGAUGAAGUCCAUCAGAGCGAGCAUCAGUAGGGAUCCUUUCUAUGACAUGCUGGCCACGAGGAAGAGGAGGAUUGCCAAUAAGAAAUAGAUCUCUCCCGGCCUCAACAGGUGACAGUAGAAACCAAAACCCCACAGCAGAAAGUGACUGGGAGCCUCCCCGACACCCCGGGUCCCGCCUCGCUCUCCCGCCGCCUCCCCGAAGGAGGCAGUGCCUGCCCCGCCCUGGCCGCUUGGCGCCUUUGGGGGGUGGUCGCCGAGGCUCCGCCGCUGGUGUCCCAAUGCCCUCUUCCCGGCUCGGGCCCGGCUGCACCUGCUGCCGUGGCCAAGGGGACCUCGGGCUCGUCAUGCCACACGUGCUCACCAGGGGCUGCGUUCACCGUCCUAGAAACCGCUGUUUUCUAUCAGAAUGAGGAAGGAAAAGCUACCACUUUUUUAUUCAGAGUUUUUUCUCAUAUAUAGGAUUAUAGCUUUUAUAUGCCUUUUUAUAUUCUGAAAUUAUAAUGAAAGAUACUUUCUAACAGUAGUAUUUUUAGAAUGGCAGCUAUAAAUAACUCCCGGACACAAGUCUCUACUGUGCACUGAAGAAAAAUUCUGUCUACAAGACACGCGCAGCACCAAAUGGGGGCCGUGGGCGGCGCCAGUGGCAGGGGGUGCGGGUGUGCCGCAGAGUCCCCUGCUUCCCUGGGCAGGGCCGGGCUCCAUGUGGCCAGGUCCCCUAGGGCUCCUCUUCAGCUCAGAUAACUUUCUAAAAAGGCAGAUUGUUAAAAUACAAGCAACAGUUCUGGGUGUUUCUCUUGUACCUGUGGUCCUGGCACCGUCUGGGUGUGGAGCCCCAUGAAACGGCUGCUGUUGGCCUGUGCGGACCCCAAGCGGCAGUUCCAUGUGGUUCAGCGGAACCAGGCUUCCGACCAGUCCUCGCUCUUUCAAACCUGUUGGAAAACUAGUGUUUCUUUUGCUGACCUGAUGGUAGUUGGACCCAAUCUCUUGACGUAACGCAUAGACCAGUAACUAGAACAAAUCUCGUUCCAUGUUUUCAGAGACUUACUCUCUCGCCGUGAGCAGGGAGCGCGCGCGCUGUGGGAUGGAGGCGCCGGGCACUUAGGGUUUCCUGUAAAUAGUGUAAAGCCCCGGAUACGUGCAGGUGGUGGACCCUGAGACGAUCCCCCACCGGGCGGCUGUCAGGUUGCUGUUGAUCUAAUAGUAGGUGCUCAGGACGUCUGCCGGAGGGAGGAUGGCUCUCAGGGCAGCACAGGGCUGCCGCGGGCCGAGGCUGGGGUGCUGUGUGCUGGGUCGUUGCUGCUGGUUCUUCAGGAUGGGCCCCGGGAACAGAGGCUGCCGGGACGGACCCCCUCUCCCACACUGCGUGGGCGCGCCCUGCCUCUGCGGCCUUUGUCGGUCAUGGACUGCCCCCUGCAAGAGGAAAGUCCCAGAAAGCAGGCUUCAGAGCGUCGGCACCUGUGUGAAGAUGUUGAGUACAAGUGACUGACAGUUCCUGUGAGUUGCCUUGGUGCUGGAACUGACCGGCUGCGGGCCCCUGGCCUCAGCACCGCUGACCUUGACGUAGCUUUAAGUCACGCUAGAUGCAAAGGGGUCUGAGCCCAGGGCUCUCUACCUUGCAUCAAACUGAGUUUUUGUUUCAUUCCCGAGCUUUUAGGCUUUGUUACUGUACUGAUACCUCAAAAUCAAAACUUUAAGUUUUUGAGAAAGGCAAGUCGGCAUUUGCCAAAUGCCCGGCUGGUAUAUAUGCAACUCUGGCCUUCAGUCUUCCACGAGCAGAGGGCGCCCAGAGUCCGCAGCCCAGCACUGCGCCCGAGCACCCCCGCAGCACCCGCCACGUCCGUGUCGCACACGGGGGGACCUUCUCUCUCCUUUGUCUGCCCCAGGUAGGCCCCUGGGGAGACGGGGCUUUUGGUCGUUGGGGUUUGGCCUCAGUGGGGUCGGGAGAAGCGAGCUUAGGGCAGGCCCCGCAGGAGUGGUUUCUGUGGGCGAAGGCGCCUCCCGUGCUGGCUAUUUCCCUGGAGCGAGGCAGAGGCCGCGGUGCUUAGACUCUGUAACCUGCUGUCCGUGUUCUGUGAGAUCCUCUAAUUCCAGGUUUUGUUGUGACAGUAUUAACACGACGGGCGCACGCGCUGUCCGUCACCCCCGCUCCACCUCAGGCCGGCCUGUCCGGGAGGCCCAGCCCCAGCAGGGGCUGUGAGGCCUGGCCCCCCCGCCUGGACCUCAACACGGCCAUGUUCCUCCUCCCCCGACCCCCCGCCGCCCCAUCUGCACUCAGUGUUUGAAUUUAGUCCCAACUCUGGCCAAAGACAAGCUUUCCUCCGGAGGCCAACGGCAGGAGGCAACGGGAGGGCUGCAUUGGGCGGGCGGCCCCGGCCCUGCCAGCCUCACUUAACACUUGAGGUUUAAUUGGACGACCCUGGACCCAGGCAGGCAACAGUGUCUUCAGGAUCACGGAGCAACUUUCAACAGCUUAAUGUGGUACCAAACUGAAUCAAGAUAGGAGCUAUUUAUAGAUGAAGCAGCAUUUAAUGCUUCAUAUAAAGCAAUGCAUAUUUUUAAAAGUUAAAAUGCAUAUUAUCUACAUAGAUGUGCUUUGCUGAGAAGUUAGGUCUGUUGUAGACCCGAAACCACACGUGUGAUUUCACAUUUUCUUAUUUUUUUCUUAGACAUUUCUAUUUACAGCAAAUAUAGUUAAUAUGUAAAUAAUGUACAAAGAGAUUUCUGGAGUGUUUGUUAUUCACUGUAUAUACUCCCAUGAGCUGCAUGAAGAAAUACCCUAUUAUCUAUUGAUAUUUUGUUAAAAUGAAUAGCAAAAUUGGAAGGUGUAUGGCCAUCAAAUUGCAAAUAACUGUGUUCACAAAAUAAAAAAAUGCAUUGUUCAAAGAA